GUUCCCUUCGAGGGCCGGAAGGGGUUAAAUCUCAGGCUCCGGCGUCUGGGGAGAAGGUGAGGCGGUUAUAAUUAUUCAGUAUGUUCCCACUGACUGAGGAAAACAAGCAUGUGGCCCGGUUGUUGCUCAAUACUGGUACUUGUCCAAGAUGUAUCUUCAGAUUCUGUGGUGUGGAUUUUCAUGCACCUUACAAACUUCCAUACAAGGAGUUGCUCAAUGAACUACAGAAAUUUCUGGAAACUGAAAAAGAUGAAUUAAUUUUGGAAGUUAUGAAUCCACCUCCCAAGAAAAUUCGACUGCAAGAACUGGAAGAUAGUAUUGAUAAUCUAAGUCAAAAUGGAGAGAGAAGGAUCUCUGUUAGUCAAGAUGGAAGCAUUGUUUCCAAGAACUCAAAUUUAAAUGUAUGUAAUGUAUGCCUAGGAAUUCUUCAAGAAUUCUGUGAGAGAGAUUUCAUUAAAAAGGUGUGCCAAAAGGUUGAGGCCUCUGGGUUUGAAUUCACCAGCUUGGUAUUUUCAGUCUCCUUCCCACCACAGCUAUCUGUAAGAGAGCAUGCUGCAUGGUUGCUGGUAAAACAGGAAAUGGGAAAGCAGAGUCUGUCGCUGGGAAGAGAUGAUAUAGUUCAGCUAAAAGAAGCCUACAAAUGGAUAACUCACCCCCUGUUUUCAGAGGAACUGGGUGUUCCCAUUGAUGGAAAGAGCUUGUUUGAAGUGAGUGUGGUCUUUGCUCACCCAGAAACAGUUGAGGAUUGCCACUUCCUAGCUGCGAUAUGCCCAGAUUGUUUUAAGCCAGCCAAAAACAAACAGUCUGUAUUCACUAGAAUGGCAGUUAUGAAAGCCUUGAAUAAGAUAAAAGAAGAGGAUUUCCUUAAGCAGUUUCCUUGUCCUCCAAACUCACCAAAGGCUGUAUGCGCUGUUCUUGAAAUUGAAUGUGCUCAUGGUGCUGUUUUUGUGGCUGGGAGAUAUAAUAAAUACUCCAGGAAUCUACCACAAACUCCUUGGAUAAUUGAUGGAGAAAGGAAGCUGGAAUCUUCAGUGGAAGAAUUAAUUUCAGAUCACCUGUUGGCAGUAUUCAAAGCAGAGAGUUUUAAUUUUUCAUCCUCUGGAAGAGAAGAUGUAGAUGUGAGAACAUUAGGAAAUGGAAGGCCCUUUGCAAUUGAGCUGGUGAAUCCUCAUAGAGUACAUUUCACUUCACAAGAAAUUAAGGAACUUCAGCAGAAAAUUAAUAACUCAUCUAACAAAAUCCAAGUACGUGACUUGCAGCUUGUCACAAGAGAGGCAAUAGGACAUAUGAAAGAAGGUGAAGAAGAAAAGACAAAGACCUACAGUGCCUUAAUUUGGACAAAUAAAGCAAUACAGAAGAAAGACAUUGAAUUCCUAAAUGACAUAAAGGACUUAAAGAUCGACCAGAAAACACCUUUGCGCGUCCUUCACCGAAGGCCCCUGGCUGUGCGAGCUCGUGUCAUUCACUCCAUGGAGACACAGUAUGUGGAUGAGCAUCACUUCCGCCUCCACUUGAAAACUCAGGCCGGCACCUACAUUAAAGAGUUUGUACAUGGAGACUUCGGGAGAACCAAGCCAAACAUUGGGUCCCUGAUGAAUGUGACUGCAGACAUUCUUGAGCUGGAUGUUGAGUCUGUAGAUGUUGACUGGCCACCUGCUCUGGAUGACUAGCUUUCAAAUUUGGAGACAAAGAGUAUGGUUUUCCUGGCAUGAUGUGGACAUCCAUGGAGCACAUGCCGUAAAAUGGCUGUUUACCCACCAUAACGGUGUCUUGGAAACCAUUUGGAUCAUGUUGAUCUAUAUAAUUGUUAAUUUGUUGUAACAUCUCAGGAUCUAUAUUUGUGUAUAUUUCGUGUUAAAUUGUUCCAAGGAUGUCUUAGGAUUUUUCUCAUUCCCUCUUUCACCCCCACAAACCAAACUAUGAAUAAUGAAAUAAUUCUCCUUAAUUCUUUCAUUUAGAGAGGUGCACAAACAGGACACAUUCUCUGUUAACCUAAGAAGCUGUAAUUUCAGCAAGAUUUCCCUCCACAAGAGAUAUACCACCUUUAAAAUCAUGUUCUAAUUUUUUAAAAUUAUCUAUAUAAAAGUUAUAUCUAGAUUUAUGCAGCAUAAUAUCCUAUAAUAUUCUAAGAUUGCAAAUGCAAAUCUGACAUUAUUAUUUUUCCCAGGAAGCCUCAAACAAGCUAUUACCAAUGAAGUACUUUUGGCUGUGAUCUUAACCGAACUAUGAAUAAUGAAAUAAUUCUCAUUAAUACUUUCAUUAAGAAAGAAUUUUGACAAUCUAAAAUUGUCAAUAUAUUUUUCCUGUAGAGGGAAAGUAAAACUGUAGGAACCAAGGCAUGCCAUGGUAGGAGCCUUUCAUAAAUCUUUUAAAUAAGGAGAAACAAGUGCCUUUAAUAACUUCAAUCCCAGGGUUAAGAAUUUGAAAAAUUGAGAUUGCUAAACAAAGAUGAACUGAUAUUAUUUCAGAAUGCUUCAAUAUAUUAUCCAAUUAUAAACAUUUUAAUAAUAUCUUAUUAAAGUAGAUAGGAUGUUGUCUCCAUUUUAUAAAUGUGGGAACCAAAGACUAGAAGUUAAAUGACUUAUCCAAAAUUGUUAGCUACUUCUAUAUUGAGGACUAGAACUGAAGUUUCUUGGUCUCUAGGGUCUUUCUAAUAAGCCCUAUUACUGAGCACCAGUUUGUGUGAAGGGGCAACUAUGGAUGCCAUUUAAACUCAUGUAACUGAUAAUUAACUUUUGGAAUGUAGUUACCAAAUCAAAGAGCUUACCAAAAAAAUAGCCCAAGACUAUUUAAUACAAUCUUAUAUAGUUACCAUUUGUUAUUAAGUUAAACCUCAGUUGGUAUUAUGAAGAGGAAAAACAUUAAGCUAAACCUAAAAAAAAUGAAUGGGUCAUUAAGUUUCAGAAAGGAGCCUCAUUACAAUUUCAGAUUUGAGUAUAAUUUCCAUCACCCUAAUUCAACUAUUUGAGCUUUUUUUAAGAAUACAUGUGACUUGACUAGUAUUAGAUUACUCACUGUUUCCCAUCUCUAUAUUAAACAUAAAUCACAGAUACCAAGAUUCACUUUAGAUAUGAGGAAAAUGGUUUUAAUGGACACAAAGGAGUCAGCCACGUUGGAACGAACAUAGUUUCAUACCACGUUGAAACCAUGUGUUUGAUAUGCGAAUAACAGCAAAUAAUUUUUUCACUAUUGUCAAUGCCAAUGCACUGAAAGGCCCAGAAAAUGAGAAAAGGAUAACAAACUUUUGAUAAAAAGGUAAGAAUUUCUGUGUGGAUGUUCCUCAGUUCCUGGGAAAAUUUUGCUACAAAAGAGAUUUAAAUAAUUUAGGAGGCAGUCUUUUGCAUGGUAUUUUUGGCUUAGCUUUGAAUCCAGUGGACCUGUAAUAUGUAAGAAUGAAGAAUGUGCUUAGCAAACUGAAAUGAGAAGACUUGUAUUUCUUAAAUUUCUAUUCCUGAGAUUAUACAAAAUUUCAAGCAGAGUAAGCAUUAGCUUUAAAUACUUCUUCCAAAUGUUCCUAGAAUUUUGAGACAAAGAUUGUUAAAAAUUAAUGUAUGUCUUUGUUUCAGGCAGAACUGGGAAUAUUAAGUAGUGAGAGUACUGUAGUUUCCCUUUUGCCUACAUAAAAGCAUUUUAAAAUUA